AUGGAAGAAUUGGCCUUCAAUUCUACGUCGCUUUACAAACUGGACCUAUCUGGCAACAGCCGGUUAACAUUCAAAAUGUUUCCCGGACACUUCCCAUUCAUCUGGGCAACUAACCUAGACUGGCUCAUGGAAGAAGUGGCUAACUUUUUGGAGAAUGACCUAAACUUCAAACUGUGUAUUCACGAAAGGGAUUUUGAAGGAGGCAAAAUGAUUAUCGAUAAUAUCGUGGACUGCAUGGAUCAGAGCGAGAAGAUCAUUAUGAUUGUGUCCAACAACUUUGCCAGGAGCAACUGGUGCCAGUGCGAAGUGAACAUGGCUCUUAACCAACAAUUUGAAAUUCACAAGGACGUCAUUGUUGUUAUCCGUGAAAUGGUUGACAGAAAAUAUAUGUUCAAAUAUCUCAAGGCAUUGCUUGCUACCACUACAUACAUUGAAUGGAAGGAAGAUGAAAGAGCGAAACAGGUUUUCAGAAAUCGUCUGCAAGAAGUCAUGACUCGUAAAAAUGAUGAACAGUAA